CAAUCCAUUUCUUCAAGCAAGUAGUCAACACAAUAAUUCAAGUAAGUACAUGUAUAAAAACACGGAGAAUUCUCGACAGACAGACAUCUGCAACCAAAAGCUUUCAUUUUUCCUCCAAAUCUAAGGUCAUUAAACAUAUAUAUAUAUAUAUAUCUUCUCAAGAAUGGAUAUUUCAUCCGCUACAUUUUGGUCUGAAAUGGAUAUUAUGAAUAUGAAUGAUCUUCAGUACAUUGAUCAUGGCCAGACGAUGACCACAUUCGACGAUUUGCCUUUCAAUAAUAACCCCUUUACCUCUUCCAUCUACGAUGAUAAUAUUCAAGCUUCUCAGUCUGCUGGAAUAUUUGAAGUGAAUCCAGGCUUUCGUAGUUCAACAACUGCAAUUUACCAAAAUACCUCUUUCUCUUCUCCUUCUGCUUCUCCUCCGCCUUCUUCUUCACCCGCUGUCAUUUCUUUUUCCAACUCCAAUUCGCCAUCAGCAACUACUAGUACUACUGCUGCCCGAAACUACUUUGAAAAUUUGAAUACCGCGGUCAAGACUGAGGUUCCUUCAGGAACUACCAUAAACUUCUCCUCAUCAUCAAAUAUUUCAAUGGAUUCUGAUUUUGAAGAUAGUCAGCAUUUAUUCCAGGCCAUGGGAUUUGGCGCUGGUGAGGCGAAGAAGACGAGUAACAGUAGAACACCUUUGCAGGCCCAAGACCACGUUCUGGCUGAAAGAAAGCGAAGAGAACGACUCACACAGUACUUUGUAACUUUGUCUACCCUCAUCCCUGACCUAAAGAAGUUGGACAAGGCAUCAAUACUUGGAGAUGCAAUUAAAUAUAUAAAGCAGCUUGAAGAACAAGUAAAAAGCCUCGAGGAAGAAACCAAGAAAUAUAAUGAAGAACCCGUGGCUGCAGUUAAAAGACCUCGUGUGCUCACGAGUUAUGACAACUCUACAAUCUCUAAUGAGAAUUCCAACAAGUCAGUCCCAAAUAUUGAAGUUAGAGCUAAUUCAGAUGGAAAUGUCCUGAUUAGGAUUUAUUGCAAAAAGCAAGCAAGAAUAGUAAAGGAAAUAUUCAGCCAAGUAGAAAUGCUUCAUCUCACUAUUACUAGUAGCAGUGUCAUCCCAUUUGGCUAUAAUACAACCCAUAUAACAAUAGUUGCUCAGAUGGAUCAUCAGUUCAAGAAUAUGACAACAGAAUAUGUCGCGAACAGAAUACGUUUGUCCAUAAUGAAGCUUAUCAAUAGCCAUGAAGAAGCCAAUUAUCCAGUUGCAUAGAGGAGAAUUUGAAGAUUUCAGAAGCUAAUAUUCAGCUAUUUAAAUUUAGAAUGUAAUUAAGAGUGGCCGGUUUCAUGACUUGGUUUUUGGGUAAAAGGUUUUCAUUAUUGUGGACUAGGGCUUUUUUUUCGGGUCUGAAGUUGGGACCCGUUUUACAAUAGCCCCAAUGCUACAAAUGAGGCUGGCGGAAUUCCUAUUUUUUGACAAGUCAUGGAGUUCCACUUAUUAAGUGAUCCUUUUCUUGUUCUCCUUUUGGAGAUUACUACAGGCCAUGCACUUCUGCUUUUUCUUUGGUUUUGUUUUUGGGCUUUUAGUAACUAAUUUUUGGCCUUUUGCUGUAUACUACUACACAAUAGUUUUUGUCUAAUUAUGUUGAUGGUGUAAUAAAUACUAGUAGAUGUUUAUUGGAGUUAGUUAGUGAAACCUCUCAUCGUCUUUAAUUUGGAUACAUGAAUUAAUGUCUUUCUUGUAAGUCCUAUAAAUUUGACACACAAAUUCCAGUUAGCGAACGAAAAUUUGAUAGUGUUCCUUCCUGUAUAAAUCUUAAAUCCCAGUUUUAUAGUGACUCUGGAAGGCACCAACUAAAGAAGAUAGGCAAAUUUCUUAGAUGAUUUACUAUACAAUGGUUUUGCUAUGGAAUGUCAAUAUCCACACGCACCUU